CAUCUUAAGGAGUAUUGUUCGACUAGACAACAACCCUAUAUAUGAGCGAUUUUGUCCUGUCUUUCCAGUAGUACGCGUUAUUAUUCGCUUGCGGAUUUUUUAGUUUCUUCUCUUUAGUUCUUAUCGGCGCUAACGGUUCGUUCAUAAAGCAUGUCUCGGGACCGAUUCAGAUCUCGCGGAGGAUUCCAGCAACGAGGUCGUGGUGGUGGAGGGAUGCGUGGAGGAAUGGGAAACCCAAAUUUCAGAAACCAAAAUCAGCACCCUUUUCAAAACCGAGGACCACAAAUGGGCGGUGGAUUUAAACCACAUAAUCAGGGAAACGCACCGAACCAGGGCACUCCACAGAAACCUCCAGGUUCUGGUCCUCAAUCCGACAUUCAGUCACCACCACAACAGGCCCCAGACCUUGUGCAAACUAACAAAGCCCCGGCUCAGCCAGGCAGUGCUAGUCAGGCUAGCAACACAGGCCCCCCUAAACUUCAGUCACCCCAGCCCGGUAAUGUUAAGCCCGAUGUUUCAUCGCCACCGAUUGAAGCUAAGAAAAAUCAGCAGAAGUCAGGAAUCGGUAACGGACAGAAAUUGACCGGAGCAUUGAAUAAAGACAGAACGCCACCCCAGCAACCAAAGACCGAAGAAGAGAAGUCUCAGCCCCAGGAAUUGAGAGCGACUUUGUCGUUACUUCGGAAACCCGGGGAGAAGACAUACACUCAGAGAUGCCGGCUCUUCAUUGGUAAUUUGCCAAACGAUAUCACGGAGGCCGAGUUCAGGAAGCUGUUUGCGAAGUAUGGAGAACCCAGUGAAGUCUUUAUCAACCAAAGCAAAGGCUUUGGCUUCAUCAGACUGGAGUCUCGUGCUUUGGCUGAAAUUGCUAAAGCAGAAUUGGAUGAUGUACCUAUGAAAGGCAGACCACUAAGGGUGCGGUUUGCUACCCACUCUGCAGCUCUGUCUGUCCGCAAUUUAUCACCAUUUGUGUCCAAUGAACUGCUUGAAGAGGCCUUCUCCCAGUUUGGAACGAUUGAGAGGGCUGUGGUCAUUGUGGAUGACCGUGGACGGUCAACAGGGAAAGGGAUUGUUGAGUUUUCUUCGAAACCAGCUGCACGGAAGGCAUUUGACCGCUGCAACGAUGGAGUCUUUUUGCUCACCUCGUCACCUCGUCCUGUUGUUGUUGAGCCUCUUGAACAGUAUGACGAUGAGGACGGUCUUCCAGAGAAGCUUGCACAGAAGAAUCCAAAUUACCAGAAGGAACGAGAACAGCCUCCACGCUUUGCCCGCCCUGGCACUUUUGAGUUUGAGUAUUCUCAGCGGUGGAAGUCACUGGAUGAAAUGGAGAAGCAGCAAAGGCAGCAGGUGGAGAAGAACAUCCGUGAGGCUCGUGAAAAGCUGGAGGCAGAGAUGGAGGAUGCUUACCAUGAGCAUCAGGCUAACAUGCUGCGACAAGACUUACUUAGACGUCAAGAGGAGCUGAGGCGCAUGGAGGAGAUGCAUAACCAGGAGAUGCAGAAACGAAAGGAGAUGCAGCUCAGGCAGGAGGAGGAGCGUCGCAGACGGGAGGAGGAGAUGCUGAGACAGAGGGAGAUGGAAGAGCAGAUGAGACGGAAGCGAGAGGAGUCUUACAGGAUGGGUGGCUUUAUGGACAAUAGGGAUCGUGAGAUGAGAAUGAAUCCUGGUGGUGGCUUAGGCAUGCCUGACUUGCCAUUUGGCUCACCAAACCAGAAAUUUCCUUUGGCUGGAAUGGGCUUUGAUGGACAUCAGGGCAUGGGGGGAGCAGCACCUGGAAACAUGGUACCCGGCGAAAUGCGCAAUGAGCGUUUCCCUCAAGGUGGCCCGGGAGGCCCAAGGAUGAUGGGUCCUGGCAACCCAGGAUUUGGUAGAGUGCGUGAGGAAUUUGAUGGACCUGCCAAGAAGCCACGCUUCUAAUCUGUCACUUUAUAAUAGCGCUUUCGAGUAGACUUGUAGAAAAUCUGGAGUCACAGUUGAUGUAUUUAAGUUCAAAGCAUAUGCUUGAGUUUUUAGCCUGAGUAUUCGUCCGUUUUAUGGCAAGUUUUUCUUUGUUUAUUUUGUACUCUUGAGUAGUGAAAAUUAGUGAUCGUUUCUUACCAUAGAAGUUUAUUGCUCUAUACACCACAUGUUAUUUCCUUUCCAGCUUUAUCAUGCAAUGUGACACGUGUCGUGAUGGUAAAUACUGUAAGUUGAUCUUGCCUUUCUAUGGCUGUGUUUUUGUGACAUUUAACAUUUGAAGUAAAAUCUGUAACUUUACAAUAAAGAGUGCAGUUGGUUCUUUACAAACCCCAUGAAGUGUUCUUGGCAUAUUGCUUCAGUCUGCUGUCCCUGACAGGCCUUGGACACAAGGCAGACUACCUAUACAACCUUGUGUUCACAUGGGGGUUGAUUCUAGAUGUGGUCAUCAGGUGUGGAAAAGUUCUACACCCUCUAAAGCAAAUUUAUUCAAAGGAAGACUCAACUAGAGUUGGGACCGAUCCAAUCCAGUAUCGGUAUAGGGUGCCGAUACUAAUGUAAUUCACUCAUCGGAUAUCGGACUGACGUUACCAAUCCGGAUUCUCGUCUGAUGGUUUUUAUGAAUUAUAAAUAUGUAAUAAUGCAAUUUUAAGCCCACAGCCAAAAUGUUGAAGCACAAAUUAAUUAAUCAGUUCUACAAAGAUAUCCAGUAGACCCCAUAUUUUUUUGAGUUAGACGCACAGGUGGAGCACUGGACCAUUAGUCUGCUACUGAGUGAGCUAGUAAUGUUAACAGUUGACUAUCAACUCAACAUGUCCUCAGUUUGGAGAUAUUUUUGUCUUGAAACACAGAAAAGCAAGACAGCAACUUUAAAUGUGUGUAAAGCCAAUAUUCCGAGAGGUGGAAGUUGUACUGCGUCGUAAUACUACCAGUGUAAUGAAGCCUCUGCAAAAGUAUCAUGUGAAAGAACGGCAGGAGUGCAUGCUAGCCAACAACCAAAAAGACUACUCCAGCCAGCAGACACUCACUGAGUCAUUCCAGAGGCAUGGUAAACUUCCAGCACACAAUGCGAAAGCUAAAGAGAUUACAGAGAACUUGCUCAAUUUUCGUAUUGGUAUUAGCAGAUAUCCAAAUUCAGGUAUCGGAAUCAGAUUGGAACUGAAAAAAGUGGAUCGGUGGAUCACUAGACUAAAUAUUACCUUUCUUAAGGCAUGUGCAAAAUCUUGCAUAGUUCUUUUUGUCCAUAUCAAAAUAAUUUCCAGUUCAGCUAAGAACUCUCUAACUUCUCUGUAUUUCAGCUUCUCUGAACCUAGUAACAAGUUUGCAGUCACUACUUAGAUGCUGUGGCAUUGCUAGAGACGAAGCUUUUAAACCUUAUGUUUGUGGGAUGAAAUUGUACCUUUAGACCAAUCUUCACCCCAAAUUCGGCCAGCAAAAUUAGACAUUUCAUGUGUGAUUGCUGAAACAGUACAAUAUUUUAUUGGUUAAAGUGAUCCCAUGUAGGACUAGCAUGUCUGUGGACUGAGUUCCACUUGAUCUAGGUUAGGCUGCCAAAAGGGCCCAUCCAGCAUUUAAGAGAUUGUUUAGCCUACAAAAUUAACAGUACUUAUGUAGCCAUCAUCACAUUUCUUUGAAUUGUCAAAGUUAAGAGGUUCUGAGAUGUUUAUUUGCAGAAUUAAAAUGUUAAAGUAACAUUUUACAGAUUUUUCCUCAUAACCUUAUUCUGCAUAUUGGUUGACUUCAAAGUGUCCCAGACAUUUUUCAGCCCUUAGUGCUGCAUCUUUUUCCACUCCUUUGAUGACAGUCCCUGUGUUCUAAUAUGGUUCGUCGCACUGUUCCAUAUGUUUCAAGGGAAUUAUAGCAAUGUCUGUAUUUCAGAUGCCUUGUUCAACCUAUUUAAAGGUGUCUUAGUCAAAUGCCUGUUAGACCAAAAACAUUUUAGCCUCAACAUGUUUUAAACAGUGACUACUAUUCUCUGAUAUUGUACCGAUCGUGAUUUUACAAGUGAUGCAUUUUACAGAGUUGUCCUGAGCUAUUUACAGGCGAACUUUCUGGCUACCUGCUAAAAGUUAGCUCCAGUAUUUCACCAGUUUGCUGAAUUGUUUAAUUAGCUGUCAGGUAGCUUGGUAUUAUAAGACAGGUAUUUUCCUGAGCAGAGCUAAAAAAGAUAUCUAAAUAACUAUCUGGCACCAGAUACCAGAUAACAGCAACAUUGGCUAGCAUUCAGCUACACCAUAGACUCCCAACAGGACGACCAAGAACUUGGGGGUUAUGGGGUUUAUGGUGGUGCUCCAGGGCAUUCGUGAGAUUGUCAUGGAAGCAUCAAUUAAUUUCAAAUAGUUUAAAUCUCAGGGGCAGCCCCUGAGGAAGUUAUUUUACGUCGACAAAGUGUGGAAAACGCUGACCUACACCGAUGCUUAACAUUUUUGAAGUCAACUCUGAAUGUGGAUGUGGUUGCCCACCCAUCUGCUAUUUUAAUUUUUUAUUUUUUUAUUUUUUUGGAUGAACUGAGAUAAAAUAAGAUUUCACCAUCACCUGUGGCCUGUAUUAAACACAGCAUCACAAGAACACUUGGACAUUAAGCAAAAGAAGUAGUACCAUCAAGAUCUCAUGGUAGAAUAUUAUCUGUGCAUCAAGAGGAUCCUUCUGUAAGCACACAUUGCAGUUACUCACUGAACAAACUGCGACUGUGCAGCUUCUGUGCAAUUCCACUCUGAGGACAGUUAAGCCUUUUUAUUUUUAUGUUAAGUCUGAAUGUUUUGCCAGCGGAGCUAUCCUUUACUAUCCUUGCUGAUGAAUGGAAGAUCAUUUCACUUGUUGCUUUGGAGCAACUGUUUGUUAUCCGUGAUGAUGGCUGGAAGAUCAGUUCACUUGGUGGGUUUGAGCGAAAGACAUUCAGGUAACUCGGAAUUCUCAUUUUGGAAAAUUGUUAAUGUCAUUAUGCAUUGUUUUGGCUUCCUGUACAUUUUUCUCCCCAACAGGUGUGCUUGUGACCAUUAUUGCAUGGAGGUCAGAGCAUUGAAUAGAAAUCAAGCAGUCUUUACCAAGUUUCGUGACAUCCCUUAGAUGAAAUGGCUCUGUUUCAUUUGACAAAUUGAUUAUGGUUUUGCUUGUGCAUACCUUUUCCUUGGUGAAGUAAGACCAGAUAGAAGGUAGGAGUCCACUGGAUUUCCCGAACAACCACUGUAUACUGUCUUAUGUCAGUAUUACUGGAAAAAAAGAAAUCAGAGCUUAAUUAAAAAUUCAACCAUAAGUAAGUAUUCUCGUGAACCAGGCUAACCUGUGGCAUCGUUCUCCUCCAGGUGAUUCGCCUAAGCUGACAAAUGUCAGUAUUACUCCCAUGUUAUAAAAUGCAAACAUUUGUCUUCUCAUUUCUCAUUUAAAUUAAGACAAACUUAAAUUUGUACAAUCAGCUGUUGGCUCAGUCAGGCUGAUGAGACUUCAUCUUUCUAAGGUUCUCUUCAUUUACACCAAUUUCAAAUAGACUGCACUGACCACUCUGCACUAAGGGGGGUGAUUUGCCAUGAACUCGUCGUAUGAGCAUAUUUUAAAAAUUAAAGAAAUUACAAGCAUUAUAUAUGGGAUGUGUGACCAUCUUUUGAUGUUGCCUGUAUUUGGAGAUGAAAGAUGCUAUAGACUUGCAGUGGUAAAUUAAUGUAGUUGAAAAUAUUUGUAGUGCUUGGAUAGUAUUCUAGCAAGCAAAACUGACUUUUCACCUAAAAUUGUAAUCUCUUUAAUUAAAAAAAAAAAAAAAAA